CCGUAGAGCUUGAAAGACGUUCAGCUAGCACGAACUGCACUUCAGUGCAAGUGCGUCUUCCUCCCUCUAUAAAAGCAGCGCUUCGGAACAGCCCUUCGUCACAAAUCUCUGGUCCUCAAUUCCCAACAUUCUCAAUUGCCCUUCGCCCCCUCCUCUUUUCACUCAUAGCAACGUCUUCCCAUCCGCCUCGCUCUUUUGCGCAACAGCCGGCCAAGAAUCUGCAAGACAAUGGCUCCCCAGCUGACGUCAGUUCUGGCGGCACUGCUCCUGGUGGUGUCCGUUCCGGCCUUCCUGGUGUCCGCUUCCGACCCGGACCCACUGGCGGACUUUAUCAUUGACGGAAAAACUGCUACCACAGCCACCGGUGCUGACUUCACGUUCCGCGGACUCAACAAGGUCACCAUUCCCGCCGGAGUUGGGGCCAACGCUGCGGUUGCCGCGCCGCCCGCCCUCCCGGGCCUCAAGGGUCAGGGCCUGGCUUACGUGUACCUGUCCUACGCCCCCUGCGGCCAGAUCCCCCCCCACACCCACCCCCGCGCCACCGAGAUUCUCUACGUCGUGUCGGGCCAGCUUUACGUGGGCUUCGUGGACUCCAACAACAAACUGUUCGAUGCAACUUUGAACGUGGGCGACGUGUUCGUCUUCCCCCGCGGCCUGGUUCACUUCCAACAGAACUUCAACCAGAGCCAGCCCGCCGUGGCGCUUGCCGCUGUCAACUCUGAGAACCCGGGGACUCAGUUCCUGGCCCGCACCAUGUUUGGCGGCGGCCUGCCGACCAACGUCGUCCAGGUGGCGCUCGCUCAGGACGCCGCGACAGUGAACAAGCUCGUGACCGGUUUUCCGGCGUCCGGCAACGCCGUCGGCACCCCGACCACCGGUUGCGCCGCCGGAAACGGAACGGAGUCCAGGGGCCGGAAGCUGUUCUAAGCUGACCCCAGCAAGCAGGCGUGACGUCAGCGCUGUAGCAUGACGUCAGGAGUGGAGUUCUCAAGAUGUCAACUAGUAGACAAGAAGCGGGAGGGAGAGGAUAUUUUGAUCCGGCGGCCCGGUUGAAAGGAACGGGCAGAAAUAAAGGGGGGAGAUAGUGAGGGUUUGUGGAGCCUGGGAGGAUCAACCGGUCGAGUCGAGGGCUGAAUUAAGGCAGGUAGGAAAAGAGUUGUGGAUUGGACAUCUUGGUUUGGUAAGGUCGCAGUACCUCUACGUGGAGGACGAGAGCGACUCUCAAAGCAGUUUGUGUGUCAGGACGCAUGUGUAUUAUGGACAAAUCGUGUACGUCAUAAAGUACGAGUGUGCUUAGAUGAGUGUGCGCAAUAGGGGGGUCACCGAGUUAAGGGCGUAGUAGAAGGACCUUUGCCGAUUGAAAGGACGAAAUCCUGAACUUUGGUGACAAUGAGCUGAGUACCCAUGCUCCGGUACAACUUACGCCGGUAACUCUCAUAAGAAGAUUGCCGGAGACGAGCGUUGGACCGUAGACGUAAUCAUAAGAGUUUGCUAGUAUCGUAUUCGAACAGUCGUAGGAUAGAUUUCUGCUUCGAGUACGGUGGCUCAUGCUGCGCUCUUUGUAGUGAGCACAGGACGUACUUGAUAGUGUAAACAAC